AUGAAGAAGGAGGCGCGUGGCGGCAGCGACCUGCCCUCGCCGCGCAAGAGCAAGUCGGACAAGAAGGCAGAGGGCAAGCGCAAGGAUGCAAAGAAGGGCAAGAGCAAGGGGGGGUGCCACGGAGGAGUUCGGCACAUGGGCUUUGAUCGCAAGAAUGGCUUCGAGAUACGUAACCUGCCACCAGAGUGGGAGGCCUUGUUCAAAGGCCUCAACGACACUCUCAAGUCGCUGGGCGCCCACGGCAUCACGAAGAAGGAGGCCCAGAUGCUCUUCGCCAUGGCUUCGGAUGCCCUCGUGCCCGUUCCGUCCACCCCUGCUGCAGCCGCCGCUCCCGCAAAGGUAACCGACAAACAGAAGAAGGAAGAGGAACGGAAGAAGAGACGGGAUGACGAAAAGAGGAAAACUGUCCUCAUGAACGCUUCGGGCAGCAUUGCCGCCACCCCCGACUAUCUGCAGUUGGUCAAAGAGAAGGAGCUGUUGGCCAGCGAGAAGCAGAGCUGGCUCAGGGAGCGGGAGACGCUGGCCAGGGAAAAGGAAGCGUUGCUCAGAGACCGGGAAACGUGGGUCAAGAGCAAGGAGACUGCCGCCGCGCAAGCACAGAAGCUUCAAGAUGACAACCUGCACCUGUUCCAGCAGCUGCAGGACGAAAGGAAGAGCAGAUCACAGUUUGAGAUGGAGAACACACAGAUCACGCAGCGACUACGGAUUUCGGAGUACGAGCUGGGGGAGCUCAAGGCGCAGCUCUCCUCGAAGUCUUCCGAGACCGAAUCGCACACCAAGCGGCGUGACGCCGAGGUGCUGGAGCUGAUGGAGAAGCAUGAAGCAGUGGUCCAGCGAAAGGAGCAGGAGCUCACCUACGAGCGAGAGUACAGAAGUCAGCUCCAGGAUGAGAAAAUCCAAAUCGAGAACCAAAUGGCCCAGAUGCGAGCCGAGGCCAAGCAGGUGUUCGAGACCGAGCUGGAGGGGAUCAAGAAGCGACUCGAAGACGACAUGAAUCAAACCAAGCAGCUCCUUAAACAGGAGGCCGAGAUCCUGACCCUCAAGACGCGCCUGGAGGAGCAGCUCGAGAACGAGAGGGAGUGGGAGGUGGAGAGGGCUCGGCUGCACGACGAGCUCAAGAGCCUCCAGGAGAAGGGCGCCGAGGAGGCCCAGAGGUGGCUGGCCAAGAUCGGCGAGGCCGGCGAGCGCGCGAUCCAGCUCGAGCGCGACAUGCGGACCAGGGAGGAGCAGUUCGAGCGCGCCCUCGAGGAGAAGGAGGAGGAGUCGCGGCGCAAGCUCGAGGAGGCCAGGGAGAACAUCGACAGGGAGACCAAGGAGAAAGAGGACCUCAAGGCCCAGGUGGCCGCGCUACAGGCCGCCGGCCCCGCCCACGCCCACGCGUCGCCAACGUCGGCAGCGGCCGUCGCUCCGGCCGCGCCGACCGCGCCGGCUGUGACCUCGUCCGGCGCGCUUGCGGCCAAUUCGCGUGACGCCCUGCUUGCUGCAAUCAAGAACCCGUCCGCCCUUCAUCAUGUGUCGAAGGAGGAGAAGAACGACGUCGCCGCCGACGACGGCAAUGUGCUCAACAUCAUCGCCCGGGCGCUGCUUGCGAGGCGGGCAGCCAUCAAGGACGAAGACGAAAACGAAGACGAGGAGCUCUGGGAGUAG